GAUGGAUUGGGUUUAUAAGAAGCUGUGGAUUAUUAAAGAAAAUCUUCUGAAUACAUUUGCCACCUCAUUUGUUCUUGGAAUGUUUUAUUUUGGUCCACUUGUAUCCGUUUUAAUUACGACGUCCCUGGUGUUAUCACCGCUUUCACCGUUAUUGCCGUUUUAUUUAAUUUGGAUGUAUCUCGAUAGAAAGACUCCUUUUAGGAAAGGCAGGAGGAUGGGAUUGCUGAGAUCUGCUAAGUUGCACCAACGUUUCAGAGACUACUUUCCAAUGAGCCUCAUCAAAACAGCUGACAUCCCACCAACCAAAAACUAUAUUUUCUGCUGCUUCCCUCAUGGAAUCCUCGGUGUUGGAGUGCACGGAGAAUUUUCUGGAGAAAAUCCUCAAUUCCAAAAACUUUUCCCAGGAAUAAACCCGUUAUGCCAUACUUUGGAUUCUAAUUUCUACUACCCUUUCUCCAGAGAAUAUGUGAUAUCAAUGGGAUACCGAUCGGUCUCCAAGGAAGCAUUGUUGAAUAACUUGACGAAAGGUCCAGGAAAUGCCUCAGUUAUAGUAGUCGGAGGAUCAGCUGAAGCUAUGCACUGUAAAACUGGAGAGCAUAGAGUUAUUUUACGCAACAGGAAAGGAUUCGUUAAACUGGCCAUCACUUGUGGAGCUGAUCUUGUGCCUAUCUAUGCUUUUGGAGAGAACGACCUGUACCACCACUAUAUGUUUCCUGAGGACAGCAUUAUUUACAAAAUCCAACAAGCCGUAAGAUCAUUCACUGGUGUAGCUCCUACUCUGGUCAGUGGAAGAGGCCUCUUUCAAAGCAUUUUUGGUCUACUCCCUUAUAAAAGGCCAUUGCAUAUUGUAGUUGGAAAACCCAUUUCUGUUGAAAAGAAAGAAAAUCCAACUAAUGAGGAAAUCUCAGCGCUUCACAUGACAUUUACACAAGAACUAGUUAAUCUUUUUGAUAACUACAAAUACAAAUAUUUACCAAAGCCUGAUUCAGUAUUCUUAGAAGUCGAAUAG